UUGUGUCUGCUACUGCUUGUCGUUUUAUUGAGAAGUGUUAAUUUAGUUUUGUCAAUUUCCCCGCAACAUAAAGAAUUUCUCUGUUGAGACGGAAAAAACGAGGAACAGAGCGUGCAACCCCCAAUUUUCCAAUUUCCAAGUAGACGAACAAUAGAGUGCUCGCUAACUGGCUCAUUAGGUUUUUAGUGGUCGCAAUGGGGGCAAAUUGAAAGAAAUAUUCCAAAAAAAAGUAUGAUCCUUGUGUGAAAGUGUAUGCGUCUGUGAAUUUCCAAUUGGGCAGUAUGGAUAUAGUGUGACAGGAUUUCCCGACACUCAAGGAUAAAAAGUCGGGCGGGGGGAGCGCAAUUGCGAACGCGAGGAAUUCCAAAAGUGCGGCGUUUUGCGUGUGGUUUUCAUUGUCUUUUGACGCGUUCUUUGAAAAUCCCAUAAGGACUCGAUGAUGUUGCCGCCCAUAUAAAUGUUAAAGCCUUCGGUCCUUUGCCAUUCGAGUCCUUGCUACAUCUCAUGCACGAUCAGUUGUGUCGACAUCUGUCCUUUGAAAAGAAAUAUUCAAGUGUGUGCGGUGCCAUAUGCCUUACGUGCUCCUUGAAAAAUUUUUUGCGAAUGCGGUUCAGUCUUCGUCAGGAAGGACGAAGAAAUCCCAUAGAAAAGUGUGAGAGUUUUCCAAGAACACGAAAUCCUGCUGUGAUAUAAUUUGUGGGAAAAGUUUGGCUUAGGAGCAAAAUUCACUGGGAGUCAUCUGUGCGGAAGCACGAAAAUCUGCAGCGAGGAUAAGCAUAAUCGAUAGCGAAUAGGAUACGAGUGACAAAAGUGAAAGAGAGGUGUGUCGAAUCUGAAUAAAUUUCAGCAACUUCGACAGGCACAGGGAUGUGUGAUUUGCAUAUAGGACACCCUGAGGCGCUCACUCCGCCUAGAGUUGCAUGUCCCGAUAAGCAGUGCUGCUCGAGCGCACCGAGUCUGAGCUGAAGCAAACGAAAAGUGCAUCCCUUCCCACUUCGUUCCGGUCUCUAGGAUAAUUCUGCCAAAAAAAAAAAAAAAAAAAAUAAAUCCUUCCCUCCUGCACGACUAUCUAUCCGUGAAAAGUUCCGUGGAUUCUGCUAAAACAAUAACGCGUGCUCGCAUAGUUUACAAGGAAGGAUAAUGUCCUUUUAAGUGUUCAAAGUGGUCACUGAUUUCGGUCCACAGCGGAGUUAUAAAUUCGAUUCCCUCGUGCGCAACCCAGGAGAACGGAAGGGACGAUUGCGAUAACGAAAGCGGACUUGCGAUACGGACGGAAGGGCGGCUCGUGGUACGAGGGUUGAAUAUGUGCUUCGCAUAAACGGGGGGCUGUUCUUCACAUCAGUUCCGCUCCGUGGUCGUUGCUGUUGCUGUUGUUGUUAUUAUUAUUGCAUUUUGUCUUCUUUUUGGCAAGUACACGACACGAGGAUAUCCUUGCUCGCGUGUUAUCCUGCGCCCUAUCCCAUCCAAGUUGGUCUUUCUCGCGGUCCUUCGCCAUGUGUACGUGUGCAUGUGUGUGAGUGGUGUUUUUAAUCGGUCGGUCGGCGAACGGAUAUAAUGCAAACGGCGAGAAUACCCUCUGAUGAUCCUGUGAACUAAUUGAAGAUGAAUGGCCUUGUCGUAAUCGUGCUAGGUGUCGUUGUUAUCCUUGAUUUGAAUGCAUCGAGCGUAUUUGUUCAAGGACAACAGCGACCUCGAAUCCUUGAACAUCCCGCUGAUGCGGUGGCAGCACGUGAUGAACCACUUACAUUAAACUGUAAAGCUACAGGUCGCCCACCUCCAGAAAUUUUCUGGUAUCACAAUGGAACUCCACUGAUACCAUCUGAGAGGAGAGUUAUCCUUCCCGAAGGAUCGUUGUUUUUCUUAAGGAUUGUUCACAAUAAACGAGAGCAGGACUCAGGCAUCUAUUGGUGUGAAGCUAGAAGUCCUGCAGGAAUAGCUGUUAGCAGAAAUGCCACAUUACAAAUUGCCACCUUGCGGGACGACUUCCGUUCAGUACCAGUGGAUACGGUAGCACUGGUUGGAGGAUCAGUCCUUAUGAAUUGUACACCACCGAGAGGAGUUCCUGAACCUUCAGUUCUGUGGUAUAAAGAUGGAAAGGUUCUGGAUUUCGGAGGAAAGCGGAUAUCCACCGUUGGAGAAGGAAGUCUUUUCAUAUCAGAAGUACAAUCAACAGACGCCGGACGUUAUGAAUGCUCAGCACAAAAUAUAGCUGGAAGUAUGACUGCUCCAGCAGCAGCGCUCAAAGUUUUAACUCCACCACAAAUGCUGCGUAGACCACAAGAUACUGAAGUGAUUGAGGGUGAAGGAUUAGAUAUUCCAUGUGAGAUAACUGGGGAUCCAAAACCGAUAAUGUCUUGGACACGAGAUAAUGGUGCAUUGCCGGAAGGACGAUCACGAACUCUUCUGGAUAACACACUAAGAAUAGAAGACGCUCGAGCCGAGGAUGAGGGCCAGUAUACAUGCAAAGGACUUAAUGAAGGUGGAAAUGUCAGCAUCACGAUAAAGCUGAGUGUGUUUUCCAUUCCCACAUUUGUGGAAGCACCUAUCGAUGUCAACGCAGAAGAAGGUUCCGCGGCGAGCAUACCAUGCCGAGCUACUGGACGACCUCAAGCAAUUGUGAUUUGGGAUCGCAUUCAAAACACACUCGAAAAUGAAACCGAACCUAGAAUUAAGUCAGACGAGGAACUACAUGACGAGAUGCUUGCCAAGGCGAAAAUUAUGAGCCUGAGAUAUAAGAGGUCCUUGCUGGGUGAUGAAGCGGAAAGUGGUGCUGACAAUGAAGCUGCCACGGAGUCGAAUUCAUAUACGCUUUCUCCGCAAGUUCCACUCAAUUUUGAAGUAUCCAAGAGUGGGGAGCUGAUUUUUAAAUAUAUCAGUAAGAAGGAUGAGGGAUGGUAUGCUUGUGCAGCCAUAAACGAAGCCGGCUCCAUCGUAAAAAAGAGCUACGUCCACGUCAUUACCGACCAAGAUCCUAGCGAUGAUUUUCGUGUUCCAGAACCACCAGGAAGUCGUUGGGAAAGCACUCAGAACAUUUUAAUUACAUCGGUCAAAGCAAUUUCAGCAUAUUAUAUAGAUGUUUCGUGGGAAGCUACGAAAUCAGCCAUGCUGCGCUCCAACACCCUCACUAUCUACUAUCGUCCGGUCUUGCCCAGUGAAGCAGAUGUCCGAACUCUGUCCAGGGAGUACAAUAGUUCGGUGGCCGUAAUUGAAGCCAAAGCUCAUCGAUUGCGUGACCUGAAGCCAUUCACCAAUUACGAAAUAUUCGCUACAGUACCAUCCGGACUAGGAUAUUCAGUGUCGAAUUUGCGAAAGGCGAAAACCAAGGACGGUCCACCUUCAGCACCACCUGUUGAUGUGCAAGUCGGCGUAAUUAACAAUACGGCGGCGUAUGUUAGAUGGUCACCGCCGCCUACUCAUUUGUUGAAUGGCGCUCUGACUGGAUACAAGAUUCAAAUCAAGUCAAACGCCACGCAGAAAGUACUUGGACAAAUGACUUUAAAUGCCACCACUCAAUCGGUUGUGAUAAAUAGCUUGAGUCCUGGAGGACGGUAUAUUGCGUGCGUUGCACCUCUGACGUCCGGAGGACUAGGGCCUUAUAGUCCUGCUGCUGCAUUACAUAUGGAUCCUUCGUUUAUUUCGCGCCCACCUAAGACCGAUUCAACCAUUAAUUCGUGGUCAAUAUCAUGGAUGCCUGGCAUAGCACUAGCUGUUCUAGGAGUAUGCCUCAUAAGUGGAGCGAUUUUUGCAGUAUUCUGGGCUCAACGGACAAAGAGAAAUCUCAAAGCCUCAUAUCCAGGUCCUGCGCUCGUUUCGUCUCUCCCGGACAAAUCACACACGCUCUGGAUGCAAGGCAAUGUUGGGAUCAAACCAACCCAACUCUUCGCUCCGUCAUUAAUGCAAUCUGAUAACAACGGGCCAAAUAUGCAAACAUUACCACCAAAACCACCAAUACGGCAACCUUCACCACCAGAACCUUACGCCACCGUCACGUUACAACGACGAACACACUCCGAUGGAAACUCCUUUUUCAAAAAUACGGCUAGUCCGAGUUCCAGUGACUAUAAUGACUCAAUGCGAAUACCACCUAAUUUAUGUGACGUUCCACCACCUCCACCGCCAGUGGAUCAUUGCUACGAGAGCUACAAACCUCCGAACAACAUGACAAUACGAACCAACCCAGCCGCUCUUUCUCCGCAAAUAAUGCGAAGAACUCCUCCGAGUCCUCCAAGUUGGCGCAACCUUGCACCACCCAUCCCGACUCUUCCUCAAAACUGGAUACGUGAACAUCAACGUGCCCUACCUGGACCAGGGGCGGUAGAUAGUUACGGACUAUAUGCUCCUGAAAAUGAUUACGAAACUGACUCCGUUCUCUACGAGGAGUUCUGCGGGGCAGCAAACAAGGAAGCUUCCUACUUCAACGAGGGCGGCGAACCUACCGAGGAGUACUAUCGCAAUGUAAAUAAAAACCUGGAAUACUUGGAGAGCCACCACUUCGACUCACCAAUUCCUUCUAUCCAAAAUUCGGAGUCACCGAAUCGGUUGGAUAGAACAGGAACUGGUGGUCGAUAUCUAGCCAAUCUGAAAGCUGACAAUAUGAACAGUAUGGGGAGGGUAUUUAGUAAAACAACUGGACCACAUCAUCACCAUCAUCGUCAUCGAAGGGACACAUCCUGCGAUCGUAAUGAAUCGAGUAGUUCCGAUAGCAGUGAUUCGCGCAACAAUCGAUGGGUACAGAGUCAACAUCGAACCAAGUCGAGAUCGAGAAGUGGCGAACGGAAAUAUCGAGGGGAUUAAGGGAGUGUAAGGAUAUUUCGAGAGAAUUUCUGUAAGGAAAGUGUGUAGUGAAUUGUUUGAGUUGUAUCUUCGCUAUAAGUUGCAUUUAAUCGUGACAAAAUAUUUACAAUUUCUAAUAUUUAUCUGUAAAAUGGAAAAAAAAGCAAAACAUUUUCAUUAUCCCAAAGUCUUCGUUGAUCCUGUAGCGAACGAACUUUCGGAGGUUGAGGGACAAAAAUGCACUUUCCAUUCAAUCUUAUUUCAAACGAAGAUCGCGCCUUUAGUCCUUUUGAUUGAUGAGACUAUACUCUAGUUUCAUCCUUCGUAAAAAAACCUCGUUCGUAACCUCGACUUGAUUUAAGCCAUUCAUGCAAAUUGAAAGGACGAGAUCCAAAAGGACCCAUAUCCUUACAUUGACGUGCAUACCUAUUCGAUGAAGAUUUCUUCCUUCCUCCGCCGAAAAUUAUUAUCUUUAAAGGACUAUUAUUCUUAGGGUCCUACUAAUUAGACGAUCUCCUAUAUCUAAGAGAAGUCUUCCCGAAAACUCGGCGCUACAGGACCAACGUAAGUUCUAAGCCUACAGCAGUUACCCAUAGCGUGCUUUCAAUCAUACCAUAACCCAUAGUGGUUGCUUUACAUACCAUACAUUAUCUCCUUCCUACUAGUUAUUUAAUUUGAAAUUAUCGGAACAGAUUCGCAUGGAAACAAACGGGAGAAAGUGUUCGAGUUGAUACAAACUUCCCCUAUAUAAUCUUUGCAAGGGAUCACCGAGUCCCUGUUUAGCUGUGAUGGAAUUUCCAACCUUCUAUCCUUCUACUUACACCACACCCUUAAAUUUUUGCUCUGUUCUAUUCGCAUCCCUUUCUUCAAUCUUUUUUCGCCUCUUCCUUGUUAAAAGAUUUAAAUCAGAGUUAAAUAAAAGAUACAAUGAAAUUUCAGAAUCGUGAGGCAUUACGAAGCAAUCCUUAAUUUUUGAGUGGUCUUAGUAAAGAGUGCCUUAAGUUUUUAAAUUGUUGGCGCGUUCUGUUAGAAACAAAAAAAAGAUGAAAUAAUUAAUGAAAAGCAAACGCAUGUACGUAAAAAUUAAUGUUAAAUAUUGUGCGAAAUCUAUUAGCGUAAUAUUCAAUUUAGAAUGCAACGAGCGAUGUCUAUUGAUUGUUUAGAAUGAACGGAAAAUUGUUCAGAAAGAAAAUGUUUUCCUGCGAAAUAUCAUUUAAUAAUCUCCGAGGCUAACAUAGAUACACUAUAUUCCUGGAUAAUUACGAACUUUCUUCUAAUUUUCACCUUUGCUAUCAUAGCCCUUUUCUGGCAAGGUAUUCCAGCUCCCUCCAGGAUUGUUCGAGAAGCAUGCACUCUCCUAUUACUCUGCGGCAUG